GUGCAGUGCUGCAGGCUAUAUGGGCUGGCCAGGGACCAAAUGCUUUGAUUAAACAUUAAACUUAAGGAAACUGGUGGAGGCACGUGUUCUAAAGUAGACGGGCGUUUGUAAAGUGUCCUUGACAAUAAAUUUGAAUAUCUGAGGCCAUUGUAGUCUUUGCUUUGUUCUAACUCGUGGUUGGGAGAACUGAGGCAAAGCAGCAACGCAGACUGAGAGCUGAGGAGUCUGAACAUGAAGAGAGGCCAUGAAUUGAAUGGGCCAUGGAGACUGAGCUGUACCCUCCUACUUUCUGCAGUGGUGGUCUCUCCAGAUCAGAACAGAAGCAUGUUGGCAGAAGAAUUUAAUAUAAGUUGCAGAUAUGCAGGAGUUUUCCAUGUUGAGAAAAAUCGUCGCUACAGUCUCACACGAGAUGAGGCAGUUGAACUCUGCAAAGCUCUCAAUAGUACCCUGCCAACAAUGGACCAGAUGAAGAAUGCUCACAGAUUAGGAUUUGAAACUUGCAGGUAUGGUUUCAUAGAAGACAAAAUUGUAAUUCCACGAAUCAAGCCAUAUUCUCUUUGUGCAGCAAAUAACACUGGAAUUUACAUACUCGUUUCAAAUAUAACAGACCGGUAUGAUACAUAUUGUUAUAAUGCGUCAGAAACCAGGGGAAAGGCAUGUGAACCAAUCACAAGACUAGAUGUUUCUGGGCAUGAUAAUACAAGUCAAAUAGGUAAUGUAUUGCUCAUAGAUAAUGAAGAUGGCUCACGUUACACUGAUGGUGUGAAACACACUGACCCAACUCCAGUUACAGAUGAUAACCAUGUGAGUAGUGGGUCAAUACAUGACGGAGAUGCAACGAACCCCAACAUCAUCGGAACUCGCAUGCCUGGUACCCCAUAUUAUGAAGAGAUAACCCCAGAUGCACUGUCAACAGAUUAUUCUUCUGGGUCUGGCAGAAAGGAAGAUCAUCCCACAAGUACCAAUGAUAUUGCAACACCCUUCGAUGACAAGCGGGGUGAAGAUUCAACUAUGAUUUCACUGAUAACUGAUGGUGUUCCUGGAAAAGAUCAUCCUAGCAAAGGACAGCAUCCCACAAGUACUACUGUCAACCCGCAUCAUGGUGCACAUGAGGAAACUUCCACCCAACAUGAGGGGAAUCCGUCCCCUGACAUUUGGUGGGGGUCCACUACAGAUCACAAGGAGCAGCAUCGAACCACAGCAACUAAGGAUAAGGAUUCACAAGAAUAUGAAACAGAUGAUGAAGAUUUACUGCAAGAUCCAUUACACUCUGGAUGGGACACAAAUGAUGACAUGGAACAGCACCCUCCAGUUACCAAUGUGGAUUCCCAUGGUGAUUCCAAGCCUAUAGAAUCAACCCAAGAUCCUUUGUUGCAUAAUGUUUAUCUUGGCAUGGACAAAGAUGAGGACAAGUAUCCCACAAACACUACUGUGGAUAGUGUGAAGCCAGCACAUUUCCCUGCAAAGGAAAGAGAUCAUUCUUCUUCAAGUAUGACUGUGAAUAAUGAAAUAGGACGCAACACAUAUACUCCUACAGCAGUUGUGGUCUCCAAUGAAGGUGCCAAAAAUGAAGACACAACCCAAGAUCCUUUGUUGCAUAAUGUUUAUUUUGGAGUGGAGAAAGAUGAGGACAAGUAUCCCACAAACACUACUGUGGAUAGUGUGAAGCCUGCACAUUUCCCUGCAAAGGAAAGAGAUCAUUCUUCUUCAAGUAUGACUGUGAAUAAUGAAAUAGGACGCAACACAUAUACUCCUACAGUCGUGGUCUCCACUGAAGGUGGCAAAAAUGAAGACCCAACCCAAGAUCCACUGCUGAAUGGGGCUCAUCUUGGAUGGAGUGAUAAAGUCAAGUAUUCCACAAAUACUACUAGAGAUGAUGUACUACCUGGAGUUAUUCCUUCACGUGGAAGUGAACAUUCAACUACAGCUAUGGUCUCCAGUGUUGGGACCAAACAUGAAGACUCAACCCAAGAUCCACUAUUGCAUACUGUUCAUCCUGGUUGGGGCAAUGCAGACAAGUAUCCCACGAAUGUCACUAGGGAUGAUGUGCUGACUGGAAUUAUUCCUCCAAGUGAAAAAGAUCAGGAAAAGGAAUCAUCUCAGACAGCUGUUACCUCCAAUGAUGGUGCCAUAUAUGAAGACUCAAUCCAUGAUUCACUGCCUCCAGAUAAUCAACCAGGAUGGGGCAGUGAGGACAAAUAUCCCACAAAUACCUCCAGGGAUUAUGUUAUACCUGGACUUAUUCCUGAAAAUGAAGACGAGUCUUAUACAGCUGUGGUCUCCAAUGAUGGUGCCACACAUGAAGACUCAACCCAAGAUCCAUUGUUGCACAGUGUUCAUCCUGGCUGGGGCAAUGAAGACAAGUAUCUCACAGCUAUCUCUAGGGAUGAUGUGCUACCUGGAAUUAUUCCUCCAAGUGAAACUGAACAUAAAAAUAAAUCUUCUCAUACAGCAGUGGUCUCCAAUGAUGGUAUCAAACAUGAAGACUCAACUAAAGAUCCACUGGCACCUGGCAUUCAACCUGGAGGGGAUAAUGAAGACAAAUAUCCCACAAACAAUCCCAUUGAUAAUUUGAUACCUGGAGUUUUUUCUGACAUUGAAAUUGGACAUGGCAGAGGACCAGCUUCUACAGCCACCAGUUCUACACUUAACAAACACGAUGGCAGAAGAGCAAAUCCAUCUGGACAGGUCACAACACCAAAAACAGCUUCACAGCCGAGAUCAGCCCAAAUACCAGAAUGGCUGAUCAUAGUGGCUUCUCUUCUGGCGCUGACAUUGAUUCUGGCAGUCUGCAUUGCUGUCAACAGCCGGAGCAGAUGUGGGCAGAAGAAAAAGCUAGUGAUUAACAAUGGCAAAGGGUCAGUGUCAGACAAGAAGAUGGGUGGACUGAAUGGAGAAGCCAGCAAAUCUCAAGAAAUGGUGCACUUGGUAAAUAAACAACAGCCAGAUAAUCGAACAGGACCCUGUGAUGAAUUCCUGACCACAGAUGAAACGAAAAAUCAACAAGAGGCUAACAUGAAGACUGGGUUGUAAUAGUGUCUCGAUCGAGAGUUGGGGAAAUCAAAAUCACAUGGAACUGGGCCUGGAACUCACAGAUGCAAUGUGCUACUGACGUCUUUUGAGCAUAAUUAAGCAUACAUUUUAUUCUUCUUUUUAAUAUUUUUAAAAAUCAGGUCCAAAUUUAAAAAAUUGACAUUGCUUUCCGAUAUAAGCGCCUGAGACUUGCAUAAAUUUGGCAGUUCCCAUUUCCUAUCUGGAAGACACUUAUAUGUAAGGAGGGAUGUUAGUUGAAAUCAUAUUUUCUCCAGUUGCAGCACCUUCACUAAGUGGAAAUUCAGAAAUAUCUAGUCACUCCAUCUCAAAGGCAUUUAUGAUACUAAAUUUACAUGGUAUGAGCAUAAGUGAGGAAUAAACAUCUAGAGAAAAAUAGAGUUAAAGAAAAAAGGGCUUCUGUAGAGUUUUUAUUACACCAGAGUUUUUUAAAAUCACCUUUCAGCCCUGUGGAGUUUGUCAGGUGCAUUCAGGAUCUACUGGUAUAGGCAAACUGUGACAUUUUAGAGUGAUUACAGCUAGGGGCUACAAUGAGAGAACCCCAAAAGGACAAAACUAUUUAGCUCUAUUUUUUAAAUGCCCAUGCAUAUAUAAUGUCAAUCAUUUUUAUUGGGGUGAGUGGGAAAAGACAUGAAAACUUGAGCUGAUAAGUAAUAAUCUUCUAUUCUUUAUUAUCUUAACAAUCUGUGCAGUUAUCCUUCAGUUUCAAAGCUGUCUGUUGCUGUCCCCCCCCCAUCAAUCAUAUUUUGAGUAUGUUCCCUAGUGAACCUUGUUAGUUAAGUUGACAAAUAAAUGCAGUGACCACAACUCAAACACAUAUUUCAAAAUCUAGCAAUAGGAAAUGAUCAAAUAAGAUGGCAAUAUUUUGUUUCUUGCAGAAUAGGGCUUUAUCUAUCCCUGCUCUCAGAUUUAUCAAAAGAUGUUGAGCUUAGCACAACCUGUUUUUCCCCAUAAUUGUUGCAUGUUACACUAUCUUGCUGAUAUUUUAACAGUCAAAUUAAAAUUAUGUGAUGUUCUCUUUUGGAUUCUACUUCAUCCAUCUUUUUGUUUAAACUCUGCUUAUUAAAAAUGCCAAGAGAAAUAUUGUUCACUUGUUGAAACAAGAAGUUGGAAAACUGCAUAAAGAUCAAAGAAAAUGAAAGAAAACUAUUCCAACAACAUAAAAUAGCUGCAGCUGUAUUGCCACAUGAUUCCCUCCCCUUUACAUUUAUGUAAAGUAUUUGUGUAAACUAAGAUGGCAUCCAGUACCGUACACUGAAUUGAUUGAAUAUAUUAUCAGCAAGAAAUCGAAUUACCAGCAAUAGUCUAGCCAACUUCACUUUAAGGAAAAAUCUAAGUAAAAACAAUUCAUUAUGAAAUUAUAAUCAAUGAGGACCCUAUGAACCAUUGGAUGGGAACUGUUAAAUGUUUAGUCAGUUAAGCAAAAUAGUCCCAUUCACUGACCAUGGAUCCUUAAUGAACUGAGAAGAGCCCACUAAAGUCAUUUAUUUUAAUUUCCUUUUUAAAGAAACUUCAGCAGUUAAAAUUUCAGCUAGAAUUGUCUAAUAUUGUGCUUUAUUCAUACCACUAUGCAUGAAAUUGCUGAGGUUGUGUUUCUCAAUGUAGAUCUUUAGCAGCUCUCCAUAAGUGUUUGUUUAAUAACAUACUGUAACUUGGUAACAUUUCUCAGGCAGAUUGCCAUGGGUGAAAUUCACCCUUGUGCAAGAGGGCCAGCAAAGCAUGACUUAAUUUGACUGCUUAAGUGGCAUAUGUGCUGGCCCACUGAACAGGGAUGUUUCAUAUGUAGAAAGUCACACAUUCGUGGGCUGUAUAUGAUCAUACGCUUUGAAGUCAAUGGAGUUAUACCCGUUUACAUCAUCAGUAAAUAUGGUCCAAUGUCAACAUUCUCAUCCCGUCAUGAACAUACAUAACUCAAUUAUGCUAUGGGAUAUUUGUUUCCUUCAGACAUUUUUCAUUCCUGAAGAAGUUUUUGACAGUGUUUUCCAUCAGCCAUUGUAAAUCAGAAUGGUCUCUUGAAGGAUGCAUUUAAAUAGGCACUGUGCAUAAAAUUUUAUCAAAGCAGAGGGUCAGAACAAGGCCUAUUCACCUCUUGAAUCCUAGCUGAACAUAGGGUCUCUGCAAAGACCUCUUUAAAUACAGGCUUUGGCAUUUUACACAUUCGAAUUCUUACUCUAAUUAGGAAUAUACCUAUUUAGAUUUAAUGGGGAAAUCUGCCAUCUCCUUCCCAGAUUAUUCAAUUUCAGUAUCUAGUAUGGCAAGGACAUCAUGACUUGACUUCUUUGGAGGUUUGUUUUUUUAUUGUUUUGAUAAGGUGGCAUGCAAUCUCUCCUACAGAAGCAGUGCCAUUAUUUUAUAUAUGCAAAAGUGAUUCAUAUUAGAUGUCAUGUGCCACAUGUAUAAUUAAUUUGCAUUAUAGUUUCAAAACUAGAUUGUCAUUUCAUGCGUAUAACAAUUGUUUGUACUGAGGCGGGGUUUUUAUUGUUUGGGGACUUUUUUGUUUAUCACAGAGCACCCUUGAUAUAUUUGUAUAUUUAUUAACAGAUUAAUUAGAAAGAAGAAAGAAUCCUCUCUAAAUUUUAACCAGAAACAUGGAAAAAAAGUAAAUUGAGCUUCCAAAAAUAAAUUUGAUUCUAAAUUAAGGGAAAAGAUAAGACUGGCAUUAUUAUUAGCUAGGGGUUUUUUUUUGUUUUGCUUUGUACCAGUGAGCCACAGGUCUAUUUACAUGGUUGUAAACCUUAGGCUACACCCAGCUGAAACUGCCUGUACUCUUGCAUGCUUUACUAACAUUGUGUGUGGGGUUUCCAAGCAUUCAUUCAUCUGGGAAAAAACUCAGUUUGCCAGUUUGAAAUGGGUGGUUUGGCUUCUCUAGAAAUUGGAGGAUGAGUCCAAUUCUCAUCUCACCUAGAGCUGAAUCCUGUAAGAUGCUGACCUCCCAUUGAAGUCAGUGGCCGUUGAGGGGGCUCAGCACUUAAUGGAAUCAAGCCCUUACAUCUGUGUCACACCAGUGAAAUUCCACUAACUUAGAUCGAUUUGGUGUGUGCCUG